GAAGGGGAGGGAUGUGCUUUUGUUUUGUUCUCUGUUGCUGAGCAAUGGGGACUAAAGCAUUGGGAACAGCUGUGAUGGCCAAAGCUUUUCUCUUUCACUCUGCCGGAGAAGCCCUGAGGCACAUACACAGAUACAGCAGCCUAAUGUGUGUGUGUGUGUGUGUGUGUGUGUGUAUACCAGGAGAGGGAAAAAGAGAGGGAAAAGGAGGCUGAUAUUAACCAAAGGAGGCAUUAGUGAUCUUAUGAAGGUCAGGUAAUCACUGUGUAAGCGAGUGCAAAUAGUAAAAAGAAGAAGUGAAUGCUGAAGGAAAUUAUUUCAGAUGGCUUUGUGUUGAAGAGGAUGCUGGGAAAUGUAGUCACACAGAAAGGGAACGAGAUGUAGAGCGUUAAAGGCAUGGAUAUACCAUGGAUAGUGCCAAGUUGUGAGUCUGGACCUUAGUUAUUGGAGCAGCAAACUCUCUCCAUAGGGGUCUUCCUCCAGACUCCUCAUACGCACCCACCGCAAAGAUCACUCCACUGUGCUACUCGACAACCACAUUGACCAGGCUGAACAAUGUACCCAUAAAUGGCCUGGCUCAAGGGAGUCUGGACUGCAAACAUAUAUAUGUUGGGUAAAGGGGCAAAGCGGAAACUAGAUGAGGAUGAAGAGGGGAUGGAAGGCAAAGCGCUGGCGGCAGGGGCCGGAGCGAUGGCCGACGGGCUCUCGAAGGUCUCCUACACCCUGCAGAGGCAGACCAUCUUCAACAUGUCUCUGAUGAAGCUGUACAACCACCGGGCCCUCACCGAGCCCAGCUUGGAAAAGCGUGUACUCAUCAACAACAUGUUGAGGCGCAUCCAGGACGAACUAAAGCAGGAGGGCAACCUGCGGCCGCUCUUCUUCUCCCCUUCCCCUCCACCCGACGACCCCGUGGAUGAAGGUUUCCGCGAGGCACAGCCUGCUUUCAGUGUGUCCUUGGUAGCUCCGCCACUAUCUCAGUCGCCGGCACUCUCCUCUCCGGUUCUUACAUCGCCUUCAUCAGGGCUGUCAAACACAGCGCCUUUGGAGGCCUGUCUCACCCCAGCUUCACUUUUAGAGGAGGACAGUGUCACGCUUUGCACAUCACCCUCUCCACUCGUUCCUCUUCCGCCAACUCUUCCCAGACCCCCUUCAUCUGUGGCCAGAGACAGCUUCUCUUUUGCCCUGGAUGAGAUUGAGGAGCUCUGUCCUUCACCCUUACCUGCAAAUACAUCAGCGCCUGGUGCUACCUCCCCCUCAUCCCUUACAGUGUCCCUCCAAAAGCCGUUGUGUCCCCCCAGCUUAAACUCAGGGGCCUUGGACUCCAAAGACUGCAGUAAGCCUUGCAGCCCAAAGCUUGAAGGGCUGGUCCCGCUGCCUGAAGAGCGCUCUGCGGUCUCUAACGCACCAGAGACUCUCCCUCCUAACAGCCUUGAUAUGAGCACCUCACCCUCUGCCUCGUCCUCUGCCUUUCUGACAGACCUGGCCCUGGACGACAUCCUCUUUGCGGACAUUGACACCUCCAUGUAUGACUUUGACCCCUGCACCUCAUCCUCGGGUGCAGCCCCCACGAAACUGGCACCCAUGGUGACAGCGGACGAGCUCCUCAAGACUCUUUCGCCCUACAGCGCUGCCGCUCCUGCUGUUGGCUCGAACCAGCCUUUCAAAAUGGACCUCACCGAACUGGACCAUAUUAUGGAGGUGCUUGUGGGAUCAUGACCAGGUUUGGAAGGGAACUUGGGAAGAAAUGCGAAACCAAUUAAAUGAGUUUUUAAAUAUGAACUGAGAAAGAAACUGAAGAAUCACUUUAUGAGUGUUUGCGGGCUUUUUGUACAGUUUUGUGUUUGUUUUGUUUUUAAAAACAAAGGAAAUUGUCCAUUUUAAUGGUGAUGUUGCCCAGUACUACUUCUCAACACUGUGCAUGCACUGUGCUUGCCUUUCCCAAAAAAGAACAUGAAGAAAUCUUAUGGAACACACUUUGGCUUCUGGCAGAUCUGAGUGCCUUCAUCAUUUAUGACCACUUGGUAAAUUCCUGUUUGUUUGUCUUGUCUCAUUUUUCUCAUCAUCAUUUCUAAUCGAACAAGAUGGAUUAUCAGAGGAGUAGCAUCUCUCUUUCCCCUUCCCAGUAUACAGGUGCAAGAAUGUGCAACAGCAGCCUAUUUUCAAAUGUUUCUCUCAUUUUCACAAAGCACAAUUAUUUUAAGAGAGCAACUUGGUUAUUUUUAAUGUUUUUUUUUUCUAUUCAGAGCUGUUUUAUUGCUUUUUAGUAAUAUUCAAAGUAGUCUUUUUUUGUCUGCUUCCAUUUUAACAUUCAUUAAAGGGAUAGUCCACCCUUUACUCACCCUCAUGUCCUUCCAGAAGUUUCUUUCUUGUGUAGAACAUAAGAUAUUAAAAAAAAAAUAAUAAUAAUAAUAAUAAUUUUGUCCAUAAUGAAAAUCAAUGGGGUCAAUGGGGAAAUAAAGUCAUACAGGUUUGGAAAAACAUGGUGAGUAAAUGAUGAUAGGAUUUUAAUUUCAGGUGAACUACCCCUUUAAGCUUCAUUCAGUAAAACAUACAUUUAUGAAAUAUACACAUUUAUGGAAUAUGCUUUACUGCAUUAUUUUAUACAUGGAUGUGUGUAGUGGUCAGAUAUUUAAAGUCAACCAAACAGAUUUCUUGUGAUCUGCCAUAAUGGCUCAGAUUCCAUGUGUUUACAUCUCAGCUGGCAAUAAGUGGCAUUUGUUCUGAUGCACAUUGUUUUACAGAUACAUUUCUUUGAUAAGGCCAAUGCUUAAACCCUUUAUGCUACAAAUAAUGUAUGCAAUCAAUGCUUUUCUGAUCAGUAAUAAGCAAACUGUCAACUUUCCUCAGCCAUUUUUAUGUGUGUCAAGGCAUUGUCGUAACUUCCCUUUUUUUAGCCUUUGUUUUGGCUUUAUUACAUCACUCAGUGAGUGGCUGGUUCAGUUUUAAUGCUACACUAAUGCACAACAAGAUGGUCUAUGCAUGUCUAUUCAUGCAAAAUGGGGGAAAACUGUACCAGACAAGUAAGUUUAUGGUUGCUAUUCAGUUCGUUCAUUAUCAUCUGUUUGCCAAACAUUUCUUUCAUAUACAUAUCUCACCAGUACAACGGUACAUUUCUGUUAACAAACUAAUGCAUGCAGGAUUAUAGCUCAUAACUGUACAGAUGUCAGAUGAUUUUGGUAUGGUUUGGUCUUAUUUUAUCUUAUUUAUACCAUUGUUUGUUUGAGUUUUAUUAAUGGUAUCUGUUCAUGUUCCAGUCAGACUCUCUCUCUGUUGCCCUGCUGGGUUUUAGUGUCGUUUGGCCAGUAGAAAUGGUCACAUUACAUUAGGUGGAGUUCAUUUUGGGGGUAUUUUGUUAUGAACAGGUAUGAUGGGAGAGUAUUCUGCAUGUAUGUGCAAUAGACAGCACAGUAUAAACCACUGAUGUUGAUCAGAUUAGGUUUGAAAGGAUUAUUUUAUGUGCACCUGACAUAAAAGGAAAGGGACCAUUUAUCAUAUCAGCUGUAUUAGGUUUACAUGGUUUCACAUGGUAAACUAGCUUACAAUAAUAAUGUUAGAUAUACAUACCGACAAACACUGUGCAUAAUAUGCCUUCCUGGUGAGAAUCAAUAUAAAAAGUAGAGUGCAAUGUCAGAGAGGGAAGAAAAUGUUUAUUUUUAAAUGAAAUAUUAUUUACCAUACAAGUGUGACCAUUAAUAAUCUGGGAUUUGAACUUCCUGUCACGGAGACCUAAGAUAGAGGUGACGAUUUAGAUUUGUUACCACCCAGAGUUCAAAAGAGAGAUUGUCUGAGAAUUGAAAAUGUGUGAAUGAGAGCUGAGCGGACAAAUCUAUGGAAUCAAAACUAUGAUUAAUAUUACUUAUAGGAUUUUGGAUUUGGAGUGCUUGUUUUGUUUUAAGUUAUUUAUUUUUGUUUCCUGUGUAAAUAUAUUUAUUUUUGUUAAGCUAACAUCCAGAUUGUAAUUUGUACAGAAUAUGCGAUAGGAAUGUAUUAUGCUUAUGGGAAUGUAUCACUGCUUAUUAAUUGGGGUGGAAGCCAUUUUUUUCCCGUCUUGUUUAAUAAUGUAUUAUUUUGUGUCUGUUCAGUUUCUUGUAUUAUAUUUUGGGGUGGUGUUUGUGCUAGUCGUCUAGGUCAACACUCCCUGCCCCUAUUUAAUUAUAAGUAUUUAAUGUUUUAUAUAUUUCAGAUUGUGUGCUAGGGAAAGGUUUGUGAAGCAAUACUUCAUUCUCUACAAACUUCAGAAUUUCAAUCUUCCAAAGUCUAUUUCUGGGAAAAUCUUUUAGAUAACCCUCAAUGCCAAAUGUAAAAAAAAGAAAAAAGAAAAGAAAGGCAGCAUGAUUUCUGAUGAUAUUGGUUGUUGUUUUUUAAUGGUAUUCUCACUGUCCUAUGGUUCAGGCCACACAUUCUGGGAAGGUUAAAGUGGUUUCAGGAUAGUGACCACUGGGAUUAUUCGUGUGUGUGUGUGUGUGUGUGUGUGCGUGUGUGUGUGUGUGUGUGUGUGUGUGUAUGUUAAAGAGAGAGAAAACGUGGUGGAGGGUUUUCUGCUCAUUAAGAAAGGCUGUAUCUUCAGGCCUUGGAGCUGUGCCUUUUUCUAUGCAAUAUUACAAACACAUUCAUUUUGAGAAAAAUAACCCAUCAACUGAUGACCACAGUAUUUGCAUCAAGGUUUGGACUGUAGUAUAUAUCAAAUAUGGACACGUGUCUAUGAAUUUGAAACAGUCUUACUUUUCUAGUUUUAUAUCAUACAAUAAAUGGAUAAAAAUUA